CCAAUGAAUCACAGGAACACAACGGAUGUUUCUGAAUUCCUCCUCCAAGGUUUUCCAUCCCCUCCUGAGGUCCAAAGACUCCUCUUCCCGCUCCUCCUUUCCAUCUACCUGCUCACCCUCCUGGGGAAUGUAACGAUCAUUUUGUUGAUCCGCUCCGACAUGCAGCUGCUGCAGACGCCGAUGUACUUCCUCCUCAGCCACCUUGCCCUAGCAGAUAUCGGUUUCACCUCCACCACCAUUCCCAAGGCGCUAGAUAAUUUGCUGUCUCAGAAGAAGACUAUCUCCUACCGGGGUUGUCUGGCCCAGAUGUAUUUCUUUAUAUCUUUUGGCAACUCAGACAGCUUCCUGCUGGCUUCCAUGGCCUAUGACCGCUACGUGGCUAUCUGCUGCCCACUGCACUAUUCUGCCAUGAUGAGUCGCAAGCAUUGUCUCCUACUGGCAAUGGUGUCCUGGACUGUCCCCAUAAUCCUCGCUUCGUUGUAUACAAUUUUGAUGUCCCGCAUUGAGUUUUGUGACCCUGAAGAGAUCCCUGAUUUUUUCUGUGAUGUUUUCCCAAUGUUGUCUGUCUGCUGCUCUGAUACCAGUAUCAUAGAACUGAUAGUGAUGACCGAGGGGGUCAUGGAGAUGGUGACGCCUUUUGCGCUCAUUAUCAUUUCCUAUGCGUUCAUCUUCUACACCGUGAUUAAAAUUCCAUCCGCCGUUGGGAAGCGCAAGGCCUUCUCCACCUGUGGCUCCCACAUUUGUGUGGUGGUCUUGUUCUAUGGCUCUAUAAGCUGGGUCUAUUUUAAGCCAGAUUCCAAGAACCCAAGCUUCCAAGAAACUGUAGCAACUGUGAUGUAUACUGUGGUGACCCCUAUGCUGAAUCCCUUCCUCUAUACCCUCAGGAACAGUGAGAUGAAGGCAGCCCUGAAGAGGGUCAUCAAGCGCCAUUUUCGUUAA